AUGGGUGACAUUCGUGUUUUCCGUCUCUUUCAGAAAUGGAGUCUAGACUGGAGAGGAACGGCCCAGUGGAAGCUGUCCCUGCAGGAGUAUCCCCUGAGCUGGACCUGGAAGAGCUGGGAGGGGGCUGCCCCUGGGGCUGUGCAUCAGGAGAGGCCGGGACAGCUUCAGGAAGGGCCCCUUCAGAGCAUCAGCCAGGAGACCCCCAGCCAGGAAUUCCAGGAGGGAGGGGACCCCACAAGUGCGGCUCGUGGAAUCCCAACUGGGAGAGCCCCUGCCGUCACUGAGAAGCCCUGUGUGUGCCAGGAGUGCAGGGAGGCCUUUGUGCACUGCACCGAGCUGGCGCAGCCCCAGCGCGCGCACGCCCUGGACAAACCCUUCGCGUGCGGCGAGUGUGGGAGACGCUCCCGCAGGAAAGCCACGCUCACGGCGCACCGGCGCGUCCACACUGGCGAGAAGCCAUUCACGUGCGCGGAGGGCGGCAAGGCCUUCUGCCAGCUUGCCAACCUCACGGUGCACCGGCACAACCACAUGGGCGACCGGCCCUACCGGUGUGCCGAGGGCAGCCGCGCCUUCGUGCAGAACACGCAGCUGCUCGGGCACCGACGCACACACACCGGCGAGCGGCCCUACAAGUGCGGCGAGUGCAUUAAGGUGCACCGGCGCAUCCACACCAGGGAGAAGUCCUUCGUGUGUGACCUGUGCGGUAAGCGCUUCACCAAGCGCUCCUCCCUCCUCGGGCACCAGUGGGCCCCCAGAGGCGAGAGGCCCCACCCGUGCAGGGUGUGCGGGAAGGCCUCCCGCAAGAAACCCGAGCUGGGCAACCACCACCGCACGCACACGGGCGAGCGGCCGUUCAAGUGCUACGAGUGCGGCAAGGCCUUCAGCCAGAAGGCGUGGCUCGUGGUGUACCGGCGCAGCCACACGGGCAAGAAGCCUUUCCAUUGCAGCGCCUGCGGGAGAUCCUACAGCCAGAAGGGCUACCUCACCGUGCACCGGCGGCCCCAUACCGGAGAGAGACCCUUUGGGUGCACGGAGUGCGGCAAGACCUUCAGCCAGAAGGCGCACCUCUCCAUUCACCUGCAGAUCCACACGGGCGAGAAGCCCUUACCGCUGCGAUGA